CCCCACCCCAAAAGAGUGUAGUCCCCGUUUAAAGUGCAACAAAGUAGCUCCAAAAUUGCAAGUUGCCUUUCCUCUGCCGUGCUGUCAGACAUCCCAGUAAAAAAAGACAAAAUAGUUUUCCACAUUUUCUCUCCCGCCUCCCUCGGUCUCCCCAAACAACCCCUCGGAGUUCCUUUGCCCCUCGGUCCCCUCGAACACGACUAAAAAUUCAUUUUGUCUGACCUAAAUCAGAGGGUGUCUGCGCCAUGGGGCUUAUUACACGCUGCACUUUGACUUGUGUUGUGGAGGAGGACGGGGUAUUAUUAUCUCGCAGCUACCCACCCUGCUAUAAAAACUAGCGGUGCGACAUCUCCACAGCGCAGUGCUCUACUGUUCAGCCCUCCCUUCCUUUUCCUCCCGCGCUCCGUUCAGCACACACAACCUGACUCCCGUGCUCGCCUUCACACACACUGACUCUCAACACACACACACUUACACAGACCCAACAACCUGCGCUCCUCGCCUGCUUUGGAUUUCCCUCACCGGCUCUUUUUUUUGUACAUUUUUAUGAAUGGGAGUUUGAUUGAUUGGCAUACAAAUCGAUUGACAGGGGUCAUGCUGAGAGGUCAAGCGAGGACAACCAGAACCUUUCACUAGUGUGGACUUUACACCAACAACUGAGAAGAUCGGACCUGAGACCAGAGGAUGGUCCACCACAGGGAGGAAGACCGGAUCGGGAUCCCCUUCCCAAACCACAGCAGCGAUGUCCUGUGCAGCCUCAACGAGCAGCGGCGUGACGGCCUCCUCUGCGACGUCGUCCUAAUCGUGCGCGACCAGGAGUACCGCACCCACCGCUCGGUGCUGGCGGCGUGCAGCCAGUACUUCAAGAAGCUCUUCACCGUGGCCACCGGGAGCCUGGAGGACGGGCGCCACCACCACACCGCCAUCUACGAAAUAGACUUUGUCCCCCCAGAUUCGCUCACGGCCAUCCUGGAGUUCGCCUACACCUCCACGCUGACGGUGACGGCGUCCAACGUAAAGGAGAUCUUGAACGCCGCUCGCAUGCUGGAGAUCCCGUGCAUCAUCAACGUGUGCCUGGAGAUCAUGGACAGCGGGGGAGAGGGCGCAGGGAGGGACGUGGACGAUGACGAGGAGGAGGACGAUGAGGAGGAGGAAGAAGAGGAGUCGAGGAAUGAGGAGGACGAGGAUGAUGAAAGGUCGCUGAGGUCGCCGGAGAGUAGGGUGGAGCCUCUCGGGACGAAUGAGUCGCCAGCUCCCAGCACUUCCUCCUACCAGGAAACAUCAGCUGACAACAUGAGUGGAAAACAGGAGAGUCUGGAGAACCGCGCCCUGAAGGACUUCUCCAUCGCGUCGCUCCUCCAGGACGGUCUGUACCCCCGCAUGUCCACUUUGGACAGGAGGGCCAACUUCUCUCCUCUCCUGCCCGCCUUCUACCCUUCCAUGUGGGCGGCCGACUUCCCGGCCUUCCCUCAGAGUUUCCUCGAUCCCGGCCUCCAUCAGCGCCCCCGCGCAGGGGCGUCGCCACGCGUCCCGGCCGCCUUCCCGCCGACUGCCGCCGCCGGCCCCCUCAACCUGGCCGUCAAGCAAGAGAUCAUCAAGGAGGAAAUGAAAGAGGAAGUCCCGCCCGGUCUGCUCCACAGUGACUUCCUCAAAGAGUUCGUCAGCUCGGGCCUGUGCGGCUCCGUGGGCGCCCCAGGCUCCGUGCCGCCGCCCUCGGCGGUCAAGGACGAGGCGGAGCUGCGGUCCUACCUCAAUUUCCUGAACUCGGCCUCCCAGCUGGGGGCGCUCUUCCCGCCCUGGCAGCUGGAGGAGGAGAGGAAGAUGAAGCCCAAGUCUUCGCAGCAAUGUCCAAUCUGCAACAAGAUCAUCCAAGGCGCCGGCAAACUACCGCGACACAUGAGGACGCACACGGGAGAGAAACCAUACAUGUGUACAAUCUGUGAGGUGCGCUUCACCAGACAGGACAAAUUGAAGAUCCACAUGAGGAAGCACACGGGCGAGCGGCCGUACAUCUGCCUGCACUGCAACUCCAAGUUUGUGCACAAUUACGACCUGAAGAACCACCUGCGCAUCCACACGGGCGUGCGCCCCUACCAGUGCGAGCACUGCUACAAGAGCUUCACGCGCUCCGACCACCUGCACCGACACAUCAAGAGGCAGAGCUGCCGCAUCUCCCGCCCGCGGCGGGGACGCAAGCCCGCCGCCUGGAGGUCGGCGGGGCCGGCGGGCAACUUCCUGUGCCCGCCCACCGCCAACGUCACCACCGGCGGCGGGUUUAAGGCGGCGUACGAGGAAGGGAAGGGCCGGGGACUUCUGGGUUUGAGCGGCGAGGAGGAGAAGGAAGCAGCGGAGAGGCAGCGAGGAGUGUUCGCCUUCGCCCUGGCGGGAGAAGACGUACUCUCCAGAUCGCCUUAUUACGCGGCGACCUCUGACCCCUGGACGGUGAGACUGGAGCGGGCCCCGCCCAUGCCUGAGUCGGCCACAUGAAGAGCUUUCAAAAGACAAGAUCAGUGAACUUCACCGUACUUAAUACUAAAAAGAAGACCCUGUCAAUGUUUACAAGGAAGAUGCGUUCAUGUUCAGGAAAUUUCCCCGCCUGUAUUGGCAUUUGAAUGUAACACAGUUAUCAUGGAGGAAUCGGGACUUUCCGGGUGAAAAAAAUACACGUAACCAAGCAAAAAACAGAAACAAAAGGAGCACUUCCACUGCACUAUUGUACAUAAACACAACAUGUCUUAUUUCCUUUGCAGUCGUGAAACACUCAUGAAUACAGCACUAUGUCAUACAGUGGGGCAAAAAAAGUAUUUAGUCAGCCACCGAUUGUGCAAAUUCUCCCACUGAAAAUGAUGACGGAGGUCUGUAAUUUUCAUCAUAGGUACACUUCAAUUGUGAGAGACAGAAUGUGAAAAAAUAAUCCAGAGAUUCACAUUGUAGGAAUUUUAAAGAGUUUAUUUGUAAAUUAUGGUGGAAAAUAAGUAUUUGGUCAACCAUUCAAAGCUCUCACUGAUGGAAGGAGGUUUUGGCUCAAAAUUUCACGAUACAUGGCCCCAUUCAUUCUUUCUUUAACACGGAUGAAUCGUCCUGUCCCCUUAGCAGAAAAACAGCCCCAAAGCAUGAUGUUUCCACCCCCAUGCUUCACAGUAGGUCUGGUGUUCUUGGGAUGCAACUCAGUAUUCUUCCUCCUCCAAACACGACAAGUUGAGUUUAUACCAAAUAGUUCUAUUUUGGUUUCAUCCGACCACAUGACAUUCUCUCAACCCUCUGCUGUAUCGUCCAUGUAUCCAUUUUGGUAAGGAAAGAAUGAAUGGGGCCAUGUAUCGUGAGAUUUUGAGCCAAAAUCUCCUUCCAUCAGUGAGAGCUUUGAAUGGUUGACCAAAUACUUAUUUUCCACCAUAAUUUACAAAUAAAUUCUUUAAAAUUCCUACAAUGUGAAUUCCUGGAUUUUUUUUUCACAUUCUGUCUCUCACAGUUGAAGUGUACCUUUGAUGAAAGUUACAGACCUCUGUCAUCAUUUUAAGUGGGAGAACUUGCACAAUCAGAGGCUGACUAAAUACUUUUUUACCCCACUGUACAUGGAGUAUGUAUGUUUGUAUGUGUCGGACUGACGCUUGCUGGGCUUUUUGGACGCUCGUCUUCUUUCUGCUGCCAACAAUCACAUUUAUUUGACUUAAAAAUUAUUUUUGUUAUUUUCUUUUUCUUUUUUGUGCUAUUUAUGCAUAUUUAAAAUGAUGAAUGAGCCUUGGCUAUAUUUUGCAAAUGUUUUAUAAAGACUUUAAAUGUUAAA